ACACCAACCCCACCAUGGGAGGCGACGACUACUCCUCCGCCAUCGGCGGCGGCCUCAAGCUCAAGGGCUCCAAACCCUCCGGCAUCAAAAAGAAGAAAUCAAAGUCCUCCAAAUCCUCCUCCUCCACCGCCGCCGCCUCAUCUACCUCCACCACCCUCACCAAACGCCCAACAUCCGCCUCCCCUGCCCCCGCCAGCACACCUACAGACACCAAAGAAGCCCCCGCCUCCGCCUCCGCAAAAGACGAAGAAGACGCCCUCUGGCGCCAAGUCGAAGAGCGCGAGCUAGAGCAGGAUUACAAGACUCCCACUGAGAAGCGGCAUGAGGAGAUGAGGAGGAAAAGGUUGGAGGAUAGGCUGAAGAGGGAAGGGGGGGGGAGGACGCAUAAGCAGAGGGUGGAGGAGUUGAAUAAGUAUUUGAGUGGGUUGAGUGAGCAUCAUGAUAUGCCUAGAAUCGGACCGGGAUAACAGGAGGAGGGCGGUGGUUAUGUUGGGGGCUGUUUUGCGCUGGCUGUGCGAUGGAGUUUGUGGGUGGUUAUGGGGUUGAGGGGCGCUUGGGGAGUUUACAUGAUAUUGGGGGAUUAAAAAGAUGGAUAGUUGGGACGAAGCAUAUCUCAGCAUAUCAAUGGCAAAGGCUCGCACGACGGACAGUACGAAGCAAAGAUUUCAUGCUGUAAGCAAAUAUGAUUUGUUUCCUCAAAUAUAAAGUACAAUUGCGAUUUCCGCUGCAAG